UGAGAGGAGCGCCCGGCGUGUGUCCUCGGCUCUCCCUCUGCAGUGGCGCGCGCCCAGCUGCUGCCCGUGCACCUGCGGGGCCCCCAGGGGGGCGCGGCCUCAGCAACUGCAGCCGCCGCCGAGGCCGCGGGAGCCGCGCGGGGGGACAGCCCGGAGCCGCGGAGCAGCGAUGAGCGGCCACCCGGACCGCGACGGCCCGCUGGACGUUUAUUUUUAGGACCUAAAAUUUGGGGGAGGAAUGUGCCUUUAGGUGUACAGCUCAAUUCCAGGGCUUCACCAUUUGUCCCUAAAGCAUGUUGAAUACAUCCUUUCAAGUGAAAAAUAAGUAAAAGUGAAAGCUGGAACUAAAAUUCAUCAUUGGAGCACUGGAUGGUUCAGCCUUCAGGGAGAUACUCAUCAACGCGAGAUGGUUCCAAGUAAGAGGAGUGCUGUUCUUGUGGAUGGGGUUAUACUGAAUGGCCCCACAACAGAUGCAAGAGCAGGAGAAAAAUUUGUUGAAGAUGCCUGUAGGCUAAUAAUGGAAGAGGUGGUUUUGAAGGCUACAGAUGUCAGUGAGAAGGUUUGUGAGUGGCGGCCCCCUGAACAGCUGAAACAACUUCUUGAUUUGGAGAUGAGGGACACAGGAGAGCCACACCACAGGCUGUUGGAGCUCUGCCAGGAUGUCAUACGCUACAGCGUCAAAACUAACCAUCCAAGAUUUUUCAACCAGUUGUAUGCUGGACUUGAUUAUUACUCCUUGGUGGCCCGAUUUAUGACAGAAGCAUUAAACCCAAGUGUUUAUACGUAUGAGGUGUCCCCAGUGUUUCUGUUAGUGGAAGAAGCGGUUCUGAAGAAAAUGAUUGAAUUUAUUGGCUGGAAAGAAGGGGAUGGAAUAUUUAACCCAGGUGGUUCGGUGUCCAAUAUGUAUGCAAUGAAUUUAGCUAGAUACAAAUAUUGUCCCGAUAUUAAGGAAAAGGGGCUGUCUGGGUUGCCAAGAUUAAUCCUUUUCACAUCCGCGGAGUGUCAUUACUCUAUGAAGAAAGCAGCCUCCUUUCUUGGGAUCGGUACAGAGAAUGUUUGCUUUGUGGAAACAGAUGGAAGAGGUAAAAUGAUACCUGCAGAACUGGAGAAGCAAAUCUGGCAAGCCAGCAAAGAGGGAGCAGCUCCAUUUCUGGUCUGUGCUACGUCUGGUACAACUGUGUUGGGGGCCUUUGAUCCUCUGGAUGAAAUAGCAGACAUCUGUGAGAAGCAUGGCCUCUGGCUUCAUGUGGACGCUUCUUGGGGUGGCUCAGCUUUGAUGUCCAGAAAACACCGCAAGCUUCUGCAUGGCAUCCACAGAGCUGACUCUGUGGCCUGGAACCCCCACAAGAUGCUGAUGGCUGGGAUUCAGUGCUGUGCUCUCCUUGUAAAAGACAAAUCUGACCUUCUUAAGAAAUGCUAUUCUGCCAAGGCAUCUUACCUCUUCCAGCAGGAUAAAUUCUAUGAUGUCAGCUACGACACGGGAGACAAGUCUAUCCAAUGCAGCAGGAGACCAGAUGCAUUCAAGUUCUGGAUGACUUGGAAGGCCCUGGGCACAUUAGGCCUUGAAGAAAGAGUUAAUCGUGCACUCGCUUUAUCUAGGUACCUUGUAGAAGAAAUCAAGAAAAGAGAAGGAUUCAAGUUAUUGCUGGAACCUGAAUAUGCCAAUAUUUGCUUUUGGUACAUUCCACCAAGCCUCAGAGAGAUGGAAGAAGGACCUGAAUUCUGGGCAAAACUUAAUUUGGUGGCCCCAGCCAUUAAGGAGCGGAUGAUGAAGAAGGGAAGCCUGAUGCUGGGCUACCAGCCCCACCGGGGGAAGGUCAAUUUCUUCCGCCAAGUGGUGAUCAGCCCUCAAGUGAGCAGGGAGGACAUGGACUUCCUCCUGGAUGAGAUAGACCUCCUGGGGAGAGACAUGUAGCUGUGGCUUUUGGUUCCCCAGAGACUCGGGUCCUGUUCUGGGGAGACUUAGAGAACCAGGGCAUCUGGGGACACAGAAGAGAUGGCAGCCCUUCUGGUGAGAAGUAGGAAAAACUCCCUGGCAUGGCCUGGUAAAACAAAAAUGCUAAGGAAAUAGUGUUAAGGACCCUUUAGCUGCCUGGGCACUACUGUUACUAUAAAGGAGAAAGUAAAAAAUUGAUAUUCUCAAGGACUGUCUUUAGGAUACCACCUGGAAGACAGUUUAGUAAGUACUGCAUAGGGCCUGGAUUCUAAGCUUCCAUUGUUCUUUCAAGAACAUAUAAAUUCAUAGUUGAAAGCAGUGGUUCUCAAAAUGGUGGUCCCUAGACUAGCACCAUCAACACUGCCUGGGAACUCAUUAAAAAUGCAGAUUCUCAGCCCCGCCCCAGACCUACUGAAUCAGACACUCUGGGUAUGCAACUUGGCAUAUUUUAACUAGCCUUCCAGGUGAUUCUGAGGCAAGGUAAAAUUUGAGAACCAGUAGUUUAGUGAAACCUUAUAAAGACUGAAUGAUAACUGAUAUUUUUCCAGCAAAGAAUUACCUAACAUUUCAGUGGCCCCUGAACCAGUGUCUGAAAAUAUGGCUGAGCAUCUGUAGCACUAAUCAUUAGGGGCACCAGAAGUAUAUCAAAACUAUUUUUAAAAGGAGAAACUAUUUAAGAUGUUUGCUUUAUGAAGAUAUAUCUUUUAUGCAGCUGAAUGUUUAUUCUCAAAAGCUAAAAUUAACCAUUAUCUACUCAAAAUUACUUAAAUUAGAGGUAAGGGUAAAGACAAACGUGUUGUAGCAUGGCCCUUUCAAUCAAAACAAUAAUUUCAAUUCACUUCCCAAAGCACUUGUGUCAUUAGCUUGGAGUAGACAUUAGGCACAGAUCUCUCUAACUGUGUACCUGUUUCAGUGUGAGGGGGCCCAUUUCUUAUGUUGUUCUCUGCUUAGAAAAAAUAACCAGAAUGAAGUCCAGGGUUAUACAACAUUCCCUUUCUCAAGCUUUGAAUCGUCAGUGUAGACUAUUAAGUGGUUUAUAUUAGGCAGAGAAUCUGGGAAUUAGAGGCCUUACAGUAAAAACACCUCCUCCAUUUCUCCUGGGAGUGGAUGAUUAUAAUUCUAUCUCUGAUCCUGGUCCUGGAUUUCUAGGAGAAUUCUAUUUGGCUAAGAAAUAAACAGAAUUCAGAGGUGUGGGUGCAGAGUUAAACCAGGUAAGAUUGUGAAUCUAAUUAGAACUCUGGUUUGGAAGGCAAAAGAUGGAAGAGCAUUUAAGAAUUAGACUUAGCGUAUUCAAUAACCUUUCAUACAAUAUUACAAUAUCAUUAGCUUUUGUUGAUUGAAUUUAAAGAGUAAAAAGCAAAUGUGUACUGUUUGUUUUUAUUCCAUAUUUUCACUUUAGGAUAUGUGGUUUCUCAAUAGCUCCAUUGGUCAAAGAAUAUUUUAAUCUUUCUCUGAAUUACUUUAUUCUCUGGCGAUAACUAUUUGUGAGCGAGUGUGUUUCACCUACCUUGUUGCUCUUUUUGUUGUGAUGUCUACAUAAAAUGUUCCUGAAAUUGAUGUUUGCAAUAAUUCUGGUUUAAUGAAAUAAAA